UUAAUCCAUACCAUAAUCCUUACAUACUAACCUUAAAACUAUUUUAGAUUUCAACUUCAAUGUGGGCUAUGGACGUCCCAAGGAUCCCAGUGAGGACUAACCCACUAUUUUUUUUGUGUUGAACGCAGCCACCACUAGUCUGCCUCUUGCUCCAAGAGAUUGACAGAGGACAACAACAUGAUGGAAAUUGACUCACUUCAAGAGGCGCUUAAAGGUUUUUGGGGUUCUUAUGAAUAACACUUUGACAAUAAAGGGAAGAAAGAAGUGGCAACACUGCUCGACCAGUUUCUGUGUCAUGUUGCGAAGACUGGAGAAACCAUUGUUCAGUGGUCUCAGUUUAAAAGCUAUUUCCUCUUCAAACUGGAGAAGGUGAUGGACGACUUCAAUGCCUCAGCACCCGAUCAAAGGGGGGUAGCCAAUCCCAAUGUGGACUCCAUUCCAUUUGAGGACAUGAAGGAGAGGAUACUGAAGAUUGUGAAUGGAUACAAUGGAAUUCCAUUUACGAUUCAGCGUUUGUGUGAGCUGCUUACAGAACCCAAGAGAAAUUACACAGGGACAGAGAAAUUCCUCAGAGGUGUUGAGAAGAAUGUGAUGGUGGUCAGCUGUGUGCAUCCUACUUCAGAGAAAAACGGAUGCAGUGGUGUGAAUAGAAUGAAUGGUGUUAUGUUGCCUGGGAACGCAUCUGCUUUUACGGAGAGGAAAGUGAAUGGCCCAGGGACCCCCAGGCCGCUGAACAGACCAAAGUUCUCUCUAGCGACAAACGGCCUACCGGACAGUACAGAAAACAAAGACCCUACCACAGAGCAGGGACAUGACAAACCCUCCAGUGAGGUGUCGGCAUCAGGUACCCAGGGGAGCUCUGUGAAGAACAAGCACCAUGACGACGAGGAAGAAGAGGAUAUGGAGGCAGAGCAACACGAGGUGAAGAGGCUCAAGUUCAGCAAAGAGGAUGAGCAGGAGGGGGACACCCUCAGACACGGCAAGAAUGACAGUUUGUCGGAAGAGGCAGAGUCCAUGGUCCAGGAGGAGGAUGACGAGAAGAGAAGUGAGGCUCCCAGUACUGCUGGGACUUGUGAAGACCAAGAGCCAUCAAGCACACAGUUGGAGCCAUCAGCAGGGCCCGGGGAGGACGAGCAGGCAGAGAGGGAGGUUCCUUGUGGCUCCCAAGAGGAAUGUAAUGACAUGGACCAGUCAGAACAGCAGGCCCCUGCUGGCGUCCUGGAGAGCCCUGAGGCCCGGGAAAGCGAUGAGGGCAGUGACCCAGUCAGCAGCAGCAGUAGUGUCAGUAGCAGUGAGGAGAGUGGAGCCAGGGAAGAGAGAGCCUCUGCUCCCUCCAGCAGUACUUCUGAGCCACCUGCAGAGGGCGCCAUGGAGAGCGGUAGCCUGGACACUGGGACCAGUGAGGAGCCCAUGGAGCAGGACUAGGAUCUCAGUAUCCAUCUGUUGACUAUUCAGAACAUCUGUCCUCAAGUCCAGCUUGAGUGUCACCGGUGAAGGGGAUGCGCCAUCCUGGUUCCCUAGAUACUUUACGCCUUGUCUACAUUUUGGGCACUCCUCAAAAUGACCACCUGAUGUGGGCAUAAACAUUUUUUAUUUUGAAUCAAAUACAAACUGGAUUAUUUUUCCUACACUAUUCAGAGUUUUCAUUUUAAGGCUUGUGGUCUCUAGAGGUCUUUGUUUCAGCCUUGAUCAGUCUUUGGGGUUGCAGAUGAUGUUUGUUGUGGCUGUGCUGAUAGGUCGGGGUGUUCAUCUGGCUUUUUUCCCCUCAUCAGUUUAAGCAUUUGUCAGGAAACGUAAACCAGGCAGUUUUUUUCCCUGUAGCCAGUUUCUCUCUGUGGAUUAUCACCUCUGCCACACCAGAGUCGAGACAAAGCUAUCGCCGCUAAUUAACUUCCUCAUUAUUUAUGCUCAGUUAAUCACUCCGGCGAUGAACUAGCUAGAAUCAUUUCUGUUUCUGACUGAAGCACAAGCCUUAGCAUCCAGCUCAUACCACUGUUUUUACUCGUGCCGCCAUCUUGGUUGUUGAAAAAAUGUAUAUUUCCUUGUUUGUUCCCCCCAUACAUUUUCCUCGUGAGUUGGGAGUAUUGAAAUAGAUUUUCCAUAUGUGUCCUUAUUCUCCUUUUUAAUUGCAUCUAUUUUCUUUGCGAUGAUACACUUCUGACCCAACUCAGAGUAAUAUAACAUGCUACCUUUUACCUUAAAAUGUAACAUAUCAUUUUGGGUGCAUUGAACCAUCAUUUAUAUGAACAUUUCAACUGAAUUACUUAUUUUGGAAAAUAUGGUUUUUGACAGCCAGUUAUUUCAUUUCCAAAACCAGCUGUAAGUACAAAGAUGACUUCUGCUUUGUAUUGUGAUGUCACCAAGUUGUUUGACUGACAGAUAUCCAGAGCAUUUACUGGUUACCAGCUUUACACCUGUUUCUGCAGCUGUACUUUUUGAUAUGUAGAAUUUUAAAUUUCUGUAAAGUAGAUUUUUGUAGAUUGUGAUACAGUAUAUGUUCACUGCCUUUGUGAAACCAUAUAUAAUUGUAUAGUUUGUGUAUGCUCUGAAUGAUUGGGCUUUCAAUGCGGUAUUCAGAUAAAGCAAUAAAUGUAAAAAAAAAAAAA